AUGUACGACUACGGACUCCACGGAGAUGCCCUUGAGCGCUGGCGCCAGUACAAUGACCAGAAGCUGGCGAAUCCCGAACUUAUCACUCUCGGCAUUCUCCGUGAAACAUACCCCGGCCACCACGUCACCUUCACCAAGCCUUCGAGGUGCGACCUCCUGGGCUUCGCCGAGGCCGGCCAUGCCACAGCCACCCAGCAAGACAGCCCCUUCGACCACGCGCUUCGCAUCUAUGAGGCCCCCGGAUACCGGUUGGACAAAGGAGGCUGCAAGGUGCAAGAUCGCGUCUUCUUUGGAUGCUGGUCUUACACGUGGAACGGCACUGACUACUUCGUCUACCAAGCCGAGUACAAGGACCGCAUGACCCGGGACGUUAAGCUGUUGUACGUGCUGCACCCCGACGGCCAGCAGCAGCGCACCAACGCCGCCACCGACGCCCUGCUCCUCGAGUCGGGCAAGUGGACCAAGGAACUCCACGGCGAGAUCUACGUCUUUGACAAUGCCGAGUGGAAGAAGUCUAAGGAGCUGUGGAAGAGCGUCGCCGGCGCGUCGUGGGACGACGUCAUCCUCGACGCCGACAUGAAAGCCAGCCUGAUCGACGACGUCACCAACUUCUUCGACACGCAGGCCCUGUACCACUCCAUGAAGGUACCUUGGAAGCGAGGCGUCAUCCUCCACGGCGUGCCCGGCAACGGCAAGACCAUCUCGGUCAAGGCGCUGAUCAACUCGCUGGCCGCGCGGAAGGACCCCGUCCCGUCGCUGUACGUCAAGUCGCUCGACGCCUGCGCCGGGCCCAAGUGGGCCAUCCAAACCAUCUUCGUCAAGGCGCGCACCAUGGCCCCGUGCCUGCUCAUCUUCGAGGACCUCGACAGCAUGGUGACCAACAAGACGCGUAGCUACUUCCUCAACGAGGUCGACGGGCUCGAGUCCAACGAGGGCAUCCUGAUGAUCGGGUCGACCAACUACCUCGACCGCCUCGACGCCGCCAUCACCAAGCGCCCGAGCCGCUUCGACCGCAAAUACCACUUCAAGCUGCCCAACGAGGCCGCGCGCGCCGCCUACGUCGCGUAUUGGUCUCACAAGUUCACCGGAUCAGGCGAUGUCGACUUCCCAGAGAGCCUGUGCCCCAUCGUGGCCAAGAUGACCGACGGCUUCAGCUUCUCGUACCUCAAGGAGCUAUUCGUGGCCUCGCUGCUCACGCUUGCCCGCGGCACGUCCAACGGCGACAUCAUCGCCGAAGAAGACGAGCCCUCUGCUGGCCAAGACGGCGACAGCGACAGCAGCCCCCCAGCUUCUGACCUGGGGCCCGCUACUACUCCUGCGGCGGCGGCGGCGGCUGGCAACAAGAAGGUCCUGCCUCGCAUCGACAUCCCCGCGGAGCUGCAGCGCAACGUGCUGCUGCGCAUCCUCAAGAAGCACGCGGCCGGGCUGCUGGCCGAGAUGGACAAUGGCGACGAGGGCACGGCUCCCAAGGAGGUGCCCGCCGACGACGGCGAGCCGCCCCUGUUCUCGGCCGCCUGGUUCGCCUGCCGCGCGGACCCAAACGCUUGA